UGUAGCUCAGCAGCAGCGUCGUUUUUCGCUCUCCGCUGCUGCCGCACAGAUCCGCACCGCCGUUGCCCAGCCCCGCCGCCUCAGGUCGGGCUUACGUGGGAAAAUGGCGACGGACAAACCCAAACAUGAAGGCAGAGUAAAAAUCGGGCAUUAUAUUCUCGGAGACACGCUAGGAGUGGGGACGUUUGGAAAAGUUAAAGUCGGCCAGCAUGAGUUGACAAAGCAUCAAGUAGCUGUGAAGAUCCUGAACAGGCAAAAGAUCCGCAGUCUGGAUGUGGUGGGCAAGAUUCGUCGUGAGAUCCAGAACCUUAAGCUUUUCCGGCACCCACACAUAAUUAAACUGUACCAAGUGAUUAGCACACCCACAGACAUAUUUAUGGUUAUGGAAUAUGUCUCUGGAGGAGAACUCUUCGACUACAUUUGCAAAAAUGGAAAGCUGGAUGAGAAGGAGAGCAGACGUCUCUUCCAGCAGAUCAUCUCAGCAGUGGACUACUGCCACAGACACAUGGUGGUACACCGAGACCUCAAGCCAGAGAAUGUCCUGCUGGAUGCUCAUAUGAAUGCCAAGAUUGCUGACUUUGGGUUGUCAAAUAUGAUGUCAGAUGGUGAGUUUCUGCGGACAAGUUGUGGCUCCCCUAAUUAUGCAGCUCCAGAGGUCAUCUCUGGAAGGUUAUAUGCGGGUCCUGAAGUGGACAUCUGGAGCAGUGGGGUGAUCCUCUACGCUCUGCUGUGUGGGACAUUGCCCUUCGAUGAUGACCACGUGCCGACACUCUUCAAGAAGAUCUGUGAUGGCAUCUUCUUCACACCGCAGUACCUGAACCCAUCAGUUACCAGCCUGCUCAAACACAUGCUGCAGGUGGACCCCAUGAAGAGAGCCACCAUUAAAGAAAUUCGGGAGGACGAGUGGUUUAAAGAGGACCUACCUAAGUAUCUGUUUCCAGAGGAUGCUUCGUAUAGUACGACCAUGAUUGAUGAAGAAGCAUUGAAGGAGGUGUGUGAGAAGUUUGAGUGCACUGAAGAGGAGGUGCUCAACUGCCUUUACAGUCGUAAUCACCAGGACCCUUUAGCUGUAGCGUACCAUCUGAUCAUCGACAACCGCCGCAUUAUGAGUGAAGCCAAAGACUUCUACUUAGCCUCCAGCCCUCCUGAUUCCUUCCUGGAUGACCUGCCUGCGCAUCACCAUGCUAAGCCUCACCCAGAACGAGUGCCCUUCCUGGUGGCGGAAGCCCAGCCUCGGCCACGGCACACGCUGGACGAACUCAACCCCCAGAAGUCGAAGCACAUGGGUGUCCGUCGGGCCAAGUGGCACUUGGGUAUUCGCAGCCAGAGCCGACCCAACGAUAUCAUGAGUGAGGUGUGUCGAGCUAUGAAGCAGUUGGACUAUGAGUGGAAGGUGGUUAAUCCCUAUUACCUGCGGGUGCGGAGGAAGAACCCAGUUACAGGCAUGCAGACCAAGAUGAGUCUGCAGCUCUAUCAAGUGGACAGCAGGACCUACUUACUGGACUUUAGGAGCAUAGACGAUGAUGUUGUGGAAACAAAGUCUGGCACUGCCACUCCUCACCGAUCUGGCUCAGUGGGAAACUACCGGACUGCCCUAAAGAAUGACAAAAACGAGAGAAGCGAAUGUGAGGAUGGAGGGAAGGGGGACGGCUCUGCCCCCUCCACACCCCCAGUGGCUGGAGGCAAGCAUGCAGAGGGUUCUCUGACCUCCUCACUCACCUCCUCAGUGGACUCGAUGGGGGGAGAGUCAUACCCCCGGCCUGGCAGCCACACCAUUGAGUUCUUUGAGAUGUGCGCCAACCUCAUCAAGCUGCUGGCACGAUAACUCUCAGCUUCUCUGACGCCUUGUCUCUCGUUCUUCUCUUUGUUUUUUGCCGUCUCUCUCUCUUCUUGGACUUUCUACCUCCUUGUCUCUUAAUUUUAUCUCUCUUUUUCUCUUGCUCUGUUUCUUUUUCCUCUCUGUAUCUCUCUCUCAGUGUCUUUAGAGCAAUAAGCAUGCAAACAGACAACUCAAGCCUCCAUGCAUCCAACACACGUGAACAAGCUGAUUGGUCUGUUGCACUGAGAUGAUCAAUUUCAGCCUGUUUGAUUGGUGGACACGGAGGGGAAGGCAGAGAUAAGGUGCUAGAGAGAAGGUGGAUGGAGUUGUCUUUCAUGUCGAGACCUCUGAAAGAUUGCUAAGCCACUUUAUAGUAACCAUAGAAUAUUCUUUUAGAGAUUGUUUUACAGUUCUUUACUUAUGGGUUUGUUUGACAGCCCAUGGUUUCCUUACAGAGAGUAAGGCGUAUUGAGAUGUCUGUGCAUUUAAAUGUCAGAGUUAUACACUGAGCUAGCUGUACUGUACACAAUGGCACCACGAGAGAGUGAAUAAGGCGGAAAGUACUUUUGCACAGGUUUUCUUCACACGUUUCUGUUGGCCAUUGUUAUAAUAGGCAAGCAAUUCUAAAAACGGGCCAUCUUAAUGAGCAAACCCCUGACAGGAGGUGCCAACUUGGUGAGGUGGGGGUGAAUUAAUUAGUGGGCCAAUCUUAACUUGUUUAUCCUGAGGAAGUGCAAUGACCCUGUCUUUUGCUGUUUUCAUAGAUGGGGGGGGGAAGUACUUCAUUUUUCUCAUUUUCUUUUUUUGUGAUGUUUCACUGAUUUUUAGGAGCAGGCCCUGAUAUUUUUUUCCAUUUGUCACAUGUUAGCAUAUUUCUUUCCAUUGCUCACAUUUUACAUAUAUAAAUAUAAGUAUAUACAGAAUAAAAGUAAUGCAUUUGGAUAUAUAUUUAUCAGUGCUUUAAAUGGGAUGGUAGUUUAUAUUGAGAUAAUUAUACUGGACUGAAAGUUUUUUUUUAAAGAAGUGUUGAUUGUCACUGUAUGAUGUUUUAUUCCAUACACUGCUUUAUCCAUUUUUUAAACCUUUGAUUGCAGUUGUUUUACAAAACCAGAUCUGCUUGAAAAAUUAGUAUACAAAUUGACUGAAUUCAGCUUGUAUUAUUUCAUUUUUCAAAAGGUCCUGAGAACUAAAACAUGUCUUAAACAGAACAUUGGCAGUAGUGUGUUCUUUGGCUAGAAUGGAUUUUCAUUUUUGUGACUUAACUGCUGUAAAAUGCUUUGUUUAUAGUGUUGGUACAGAAUUAAAAACAGACACCUAUGAGCUACCUUAGCUGUUUUCGUCAAUAAGAAUUUUCCACAAGCAAUGAUAGAAAUGAUUGACAGAUUGACAAGUCCCCAUCCCCAAAACAAUUGAGCAAAAAUGAGGGCAUUGCUACAGCAGUUUCAGUACUUAAAAAUGCAGUUUUUACACUGCAUGCUCUGAAACUUGGCUAAAAGUGGCCCUUUAAGUGGCCUGUUGCUAUUGAUACAUUAAAAUUCUUUGCCACAACCGAAACCAAAAUUCUGGACAUGCUGGGCUGAAAACCAAAACUAAAAAAAAAUUAUUAUGUUUUUAUUAUUGAUAAAAUUAUAUUAAAAUUAUUUAAUGUAUAUUAGAUUUGGACACUUAGACCUGUUUAAUCUUUUUUCUGGAUUUUUUUUCUCUUUUCGCUGGUUAAAUUUUUGCUGCCUCCCUAUCUGUUACUGUCGGCAUGAGUCUAGUUUAGGCUAAAGGUGAUUAUCAAGUGUCCAACCAAACGUUUAAUUGCAAAAAUAUUUAAUGCAAUAUUUCCUAGAGCACUGAUUUAAUCAUUACUGAAUAGACAAGAAGAUGUUUUGUAAUUAUUUGUUCAUGGCCAUGUGAAUAUAUGCUUGGCAUUUUGAAAUUGAACAUCCAUAUGAGCUUCAAUUCUGCUCUUUUCCCUGUGCCCUAAUGCCCUAAUGAGAAAUAAAUUUUGACUAUCAAAUUUUCCUGGGGUGGGCUAUAUAGUUGCUUAUUUUUGCAGAGCUUCAUAGUGCAUAGCCUGUUCUUUACAUGUUUCUUUUCUCAGGUCAAAUAUGUCAUUAAAGUGAUGCUCUCCAUUAAAAUAAAAUGGGGAAAGACAGACCUUUACCUAAAAAUAGCAUCAUAUGAUUCAAGCAUACCACAAAAAGAUCCCCAAACUGCUUUACAUUUGUAAACUAAUACAAAACUGGACCAUCUGGCAUGGACCAUCAUAUUACUCAGGCCUGCUAGUAUCUGAGGAGAAAUGUAUGCAGUGUGUAAAGAGCCUGGUACGUAAAUGCAUUUAAAUGCUUUUCAACAUAGAAAAAAAACAUUCUAGUAUCUUGCAUCUCACAAGGUUUACUUGAACAACAUGUCUUAAGUCGUUUCCACAAACAUGGAAUAUUAGAUAGGUCUGAAGCCUAAUUAGGAGUUUAACCCAAAAUAAUCAUUUGCUUUAUGUAUUGCUUUGAUUGACAUACCACAGUUAGUAUAUGUUUAACUAAGAAAGUUAAAUGGUAUCUCCAUUGCAUGGGGGGCCUAUAGGACAGCACUGACCUGAAAGAUGGUAAAAUUCAUGGUUCAUAAAGCCAUUAUGGUGAUAUGGCAUAUCUGAUAGCCUUGAUGUGCUGAAGUGAAGAAAAUGGCACUGGCAUGACCCUAAAGGCAUGACAGAGCAUAUCAAGGUGACCCGUGGCAGUAAUUCCUCUGUGCUUUUAGUAAUAAUUUCAACCAGUUUUCCCACUAAAUGACUUUUGUGCUGAAGAUCAGUUGCAAUAAACCCAUGAAUGUCACACGUGCAAGUAAGAGAAUUAUAACAAACCAAGCAUAUUUGAUUUUUUGGUUACUUUUUCUAACAUUUUUUUUUGCAAAAGGAGAAUCGUACCACUAGCAGUGUGUGGUUAAAGAAGUAACCUAUUAGGUGUCUGUAUGUGUACGGCCUGUGAUUCCUGAUGUAGCACAUUAUUAACAUCUCCACACGCUGCAUUUGCUGUGUCAUGUGGUGCCCGGGUGGAGAAUAUCUGGUGUUUUUGUGUUAACUGCUUCAAAGAAACUUUGUUGAACAUUUGAUGAGGUUUGUGGAAAGGGACCCGGUUUUUCAGGUUGGCCAAUGUCAAUUUCCUGAUUGUAUUUAAAGAACAUUUUACACACAACUGCCUAAUAAACUGCUAAAUGGCAUCAGCCA